UGUUAUGAAGAAAUUCAGAAUCAGUGUGUGUGGAGCCGCAAAACUCUACUUGGGAUCAUCUGUCUUUGGGUACCUCCUAUUCCUGUCCCUGUUUGCAUUGGGCUGUGAAAAUUCUGAUGUGGCAGGACUAACUGUCUCCUAUCACGGAACCAAACCUGUCUCUUAUCAUGAACGAGCUCUCUUUUCAGAUUGCAACUCAAGAUGCAAAUGUUCAGAGACAAACUGGGAACCCAUGUGUGGUGAAGAUGGAGUCACAUAUGCAUCGGCUUGUCUGGCUGGUUGUCAAACCUCCACCAGGAGUGGAAAAACUAUUAUAUUUUAUAAUUGCACCUGUGUGGGAAUUGCAGCCUCUAAAUCAGGAAAUUCCUCAGGCAUGGUGGGCAGAUGUCAAAAAGAUAAUGGAUGUCCCAGAAUGUUUCUGUAUUUCCUUGUAAUUUCAGUCAUCACAUCCUAUAUUUUAUCCCUCGGUGGCAUACCUGGAUACAUAUUGCUUCUGAGGUGAUCAUUGAUUCUCCCCAGCCCAAUUGUGAUAUAAGACCCUACAAUCACCUAGAGCAGACAUUUCA